GCCCCUCCACUUGACUCGGCGCGAGCAGCAAGCUUCCUCAGUUGUUCGGGUGGCAGGAAAGAAAAGCCAGCCUGGACCCAAGGCCUCCCAACACUAGACCUCAGUUUCCCGAGCUGCGAAAUAGGAACAGUAAGGCUGACCUGCCGAGUGGUUGCGAAGAAGGGAAAGGGCCUUGUCUGUGGGAGAAGAGGGUGGUGUUGUCUCUGAAGCUGGGAUCGGAUUGAGGAAAGGAUCAAUGCUGCCGCCAGAGAGCCUGCAGGGACAGUGGGGUCAGCUCCGGGUUCUGGGUGUGUCCCUCACUCAGUGACGGCAGGCAGGGCCAGGGAACCCGUAGUCCACUCCUCUCUGUGUUCAGGUGGGGAAAGGGAGGCGGGGAGGGGAAGAGGCAAGGGGAGGCUCCCGACCCUGCCCCAGGCUCAGCGUGGGGAGAUAUGUUGAAAAGACAGACAAGCCAGCUUGGGGUGGUGGAGAGGCUCACCCCUGCUCCCCCGCCCCUGCCUCCUGGGCCCCUGAGGCAGGUGUUCUGCUGAGCCUUAGGGGUCAGAGAAGUGUCCUGGGAAGAUUUUCCUGCAGGGCAGGUGCUGUGUCCCCAUCUUAGAGUUGAAGUAACCGAGGCUUAGAGAGGUGACAGGACUUAUUCAAGGUCUCAGGACCAUGAAGUGGCAAAGCGGGGGUUUCAACGGUGGUAGGACUGGUUCCAAAAGCCAUACUCCAGCCACUGAGUCAGGGGAGUGGCUAGGGUUGUUGGCUCACUCGCCUAGAGCAUCCGUGGAGCUCCUACUGUAUGGUAUCUGCUCCUGGCCCCAGUGAGUGCUUACAAGCAGGUGUGGGAGAAGGAAGCUGAACAAGUAAUCAAGGGAAAAACCAAGGUCAUGGCAGAAGAAUACACCCAGAAUAGUUUCAGAAUCACUACAUCCAAACCACUACCAAUCAAAAUCUACCAGGUCAAGUUCAGGAUUUCUUUGGCUGUUAAAGUCAUCACUAUGAAAAUGGAAAAAGAAAUUAUGGAACACUCACAUAUGAACAGUCAGAGAGCAGACUCUUAGAAGCAUUGUAUGGAUGUAAUCUUCAUCCAUCAUGCACUGAAGCUCUCUGUGAAUAAAAGUAACUCCCCAUGCACCUCCUGCCCUGGGAGCCACCCUCUACUGUCUGUCUCUAUGAACUUGACUACUCCAGGAGCUGCAUGUAGGCAUGCCCCGGACACUGAGCACCUCCGACAUGGUCACUCCAGGCAGCCUCGGCCCACCCCACCCUGAGCCCACGGAUGGUGAGCAGGCCGGGCAGCCCCUCCUGGAUGGAGCUCCAUCCUCAGCCUCCCUGGACACCCUGAUCGAGCAGCUGGUGCCCAAAGCUGACUACUACCCUGAGAAAGCCUACAUCUUUACCUUCCUGCUGAGCUCCCGCCUCUUCAUCGAGCCCCAGGAGCUCCUGGCCCGGGUCUGCCACUUGUGCAUCGAGCAGCAGCAGCUGGACAAGCCAGUGCUGGACAAGGCCCAGGUCCGGAAGUUUGGCCCCAAACUGCUCCAGUUGUUGGCCGAGUGGACAGAGACGUUCCCUCGGGACUUCCAGGAGGAGUCGACCAUCAGUCACCUGAAGGAUGUGGUGGGCCGCAUCGCCCCCUGUGACGAGGCAUACCGAAAGAGGAUGCAUCAGCUCCUGCAGGCUCUGCACCAGAAGCUGGCGGCUCUGGGCCAGGGGCCGGAAAGCCUGCUGGGCACUGACAAGCCCAUCUCCUACAGGAACAAGCCUCCAGCCUCUAUCCACAGGGAGCUCCUCAGCAUCUGCAGUGACCCCUACACACUGGCUCAGCAGCUGACCCACAUAGAGCUGGAACGGCUACAACACAUUGGACCUGAGGAAUUUGUCCAGGCUUUUGUGAACAAGGACCCUCUGGCCAGCACAAAGCCUUGUUUCAGUGACAAGACUAACAACCUGGAAGCUUACGUGAAAUGGUUCAACAGAUUGUGCUACCUUGUGGCUACUGAGAUCUGCAUGCCGUCCAAGAAGAAACAGAGGGCCCAGGUGAUUGAGUUCUUCAUCGACGUAGCCCGUGAGUGCUUCAACAUCGGCAACUUCAACUCCCUAAUGGCCAUCACCUCUGGCAUGAACAUGAGCCCUGUCUCAAGACUGAAGAAGACCUGGGCCAAAGUGAAGACCGCCAAGUUUUUCAUCCUCGAGCACCAGAUGGACCCAACAGGGAAUUUCUGCAACUAUAGAACAGCCCUGCGCGGGGCAGCCCACCGCUCCCUGACCGCCCACAGCAGCCGAGAGAAGAUCGUCAUCCCCUUCUUCAGCCUGCUCAUCAAAGACAUCUACUUCCUAAACGAAGGCUGUGCCAACCGCCUCCCCAAUGGACACAUCAACUUUGAGAAAUUUCUGGAGCUGGCCAAGCAAGUAGGAGAGUUCAUCACAUGGAAACAAGUGGAGUGUCCCUUCGAGCAAGACCCCAGCAUCACCCACUACCUGCACACUGCUCCCAUCUUCAGCGAGGAUGGUCUUUAUUUGGCUUCUUAUGAAAGCGAGAGUCCAGAGAACCAAACAGAAAAAGAGAGGUGGAAAUCUCUAAGGUCUUCUAUUCUGGGGAAGACGUGAAAAGCACUGAGCUGGAGGAGGAGGAGAGGGGGGAGGAGGAGAGGAAGCCAGCAGAAGCCUUCUGCCGCCCUGCCCCAGCCAGCCCAGUGGGAGGAGGAGGCAUUGGUGCCUCGCUGCUUUGCAAACCGUGACCCUGUGGCCUGGUGCCCAUCACAGUGACCACACAGCACAGGAGACCUUUCUCCACCUUUUGUGGAGCCUCAGCCCUGGAAGGGCCCAGAGCCUCCAAACACAGGGGUGGCACGUGCCUCAGGGGCCCUACCUUCAGGACAGUGAUGCUCACAUUGUUGGUCAGUCUGUCUGUCCUCGGCGAUGACCCAAGGUGUUGGGUGACUGCAGUGUUGCUCUCAGUGCGUGACUCGUGCCAUGGAGACAGACACACGGUCCAUCUCCAGAUGGCCUGGGAGCCUCUGUAUCUCCAGCAAACAUCACCAUGACGUGAGAAGGGCCAGAGCCCACCAGUGGCCUCUGCCAUUCUACUGAUGGACCUGACCCUGCCCCUUGAGAUGGGCUGGUUUCUGCAGCCCCGUGCACCCCCUUUCUGCAUCCUGCUGGUAUCGGGAUAGCUUUCUGGUGACCACUAUAAUGCUGGUCAGCAGGACAAAUUUGAGUCACAGACUUGACAGUGUGUACAGUACAUUGUAAAUUUUAGAGUUGGUAUAAACACAUUGGUAUACCCUG